GAACCACUCAAGUCUUCAUUCUGUGAUUCAGACAGUAAGGUGAAUGAAGCAUAUUUAGAUCUGAUUACCUCAUCUAAGAAGACUUUGGAUUCUCUACUGGAAUUACUGGAGGCAUUACUUGAGAAGAAUCCAUCCAUUGCUCAAGCUGCAGAUGGUAACUCCGGCCAACCUCCCAAGCAUUCAGAAGUUUCUAGGAGCUCAAAUGGAGAAGAUGAUGAAGAAUGGUCACAAAUAUCUGAAAUGCACUCAAGCUCAUUUUAGAAACAAAUCGAUAGAUAAAUGGCAGAGGAAGUCCCAGGUGACAACUGGUGCUGCUGCUUUUAAAAGCAAAUUACAUGCCUUCAAUAAGAAUAUUAGUGAGCAAGUUGCUGCUUAUAUGUGGGAUCCAAGUAGAGUGAUAAAGGGAAUGCAGCAGAGCAGGUCGACUGUUGCUAUAUUUGGGAUUGUUCCAGAUGCACAGAGCAAUACCAAGGAACAGGACACAAAAGUGGAUGGUGACCCCGAGCUUCUGGAUGACUCUGAAUUUUACCAGCAGCUACUGAAAGAAUUUUUUGAGACAUUUGACCCAGCAUCAUCUGAGUCUACCUUUUAUGCUCUCAAGAGAAUGCAAACUAAGAAAAGGAAGAUUGUUGAUCGACGUGCCUCAAAGUGUCGCAAGAUCAGGUAUAAUGUACAUGAAAAGAUUGUCAAUUUCAUGGCGCCUCAGCCCGUGCAGGUUCCUCCCAUGGCCCCCAAGUUAUUUGAAAAUUUGUUCGGCCUCAAAACCCAGAAAACCGUCUCUGUGGUGUAGCACAACCUGAUGAUAAUAGGGCUUCGAAUUUUUGUGAUCUUACUUGAUAUAAUUGCUCAUUGAUGUGAUGUAUCCAAUUUUGUUUUGUUAUGUUUUUUUCACUGCCACAUGUCGAAUGUUUUUUUAUUAGGAUGCUUUUUUGGUUCAGUAUUUUUUGUUUUCAUGUAGACCCAACAUCUGAUAGGUACAUUGUGGGAAUAAACAGUGAAAAUUAAUCAGAAAUAAAUAUAAAUAUUUUUUUUCUGUACAAA